UGUGUGUGUGUGUGUGUGUGUGUGCGUCUGUCUGACUGAGGUUUUGUUUUCGUUCUGCUGCUGGAGCCUUUGCUGGAUGGACCUUUCCCCUUGAUACCCUUGACAGGCGCUUGUGUGACAUCGGCACCGGGCGUACGUAAUACUGCGCCGGCGCAAAUAAUCAGUUCGCUUGCGCCCGUGCAACGUUCCGGUAGCUGCCCGGAUUUUGUUUUAUUUUGUAGACACCAGGUUUAAACGGUUCUGAAGUGUGUCAAUAGUGUGUCGUGCUUUGGUGCAAUCAAGCGUGGCUACAAAUUCAAGGGUUCUCAUACAGUGUGUCUUACAGCCUCGCAGAACUUCCAGUGUUCAGUGUUUGUUAGUGCAUUGCAAUAGAGGCCAAAUCAAAAGUUUCCCAAAUUUAGGGAUUUUCUAACCCCAUAAAAAGCAUCCCAUCAAUCGGACCACUCGACAAGUAAUUUGAUAACGACGUGUAAGGUAAACGCGUAACCCGAAGCACGAACCUCCUGCCGCCGGCUGCUGAUACGACAAGUGGCUUUCACACACAAUGCGCCCCCAACUAGCUGACGACACAAGCAGCAUUAUGAUUGGCGUGUGUUGGUGUGAUUCAUCGCUUAUCUUUGCCUAAUGCCCGACUACUGGUUGGUGGUGGUAUAUGCAGUAAUCGUACGCGCGCCGUAUCAACAAAUGCGAACCCUUUGGUAUUGGUACGCGCACCAGCUGGAUGUAAAGUUGAGUUGGAACAUGCUGGAUGUGUUUAAUUUCACACUCGAACCGGGGUCGAUCUUGCGUCGUUCGAGCGGAGUUGCACCAGUUGAUAUCUGCUAACUCGUACGCACAGUACGCUGUCAUUGACUCGAUUGCCGUGACACUUUGGCGUAUUUGUUUUAACUGGAACCGGGGAAGUAAAAUGAGUUCCACCGACACCGAGGACAUCGAGAUGCUGUCGAGGGUAAUUAGUUUUGAUGAGGUUGUUAAAACAUCAAUCGAAACAUUCCGCAACACGUUCGGUGCCGAGCCGGAGCUGGCCGCCUGUGCCCCCGGCCGGGUCAACCUGAUCGGUGAGCACAUCGACUAUAACGAUGGUUUCGUCCUGCCGAUGGCACUGCAGCUCGGCACGGUGAUCGUCGGGCGGCGCAAUGGGACCGACUCGACCUGCGACGUCGUUACCUGCUCGGACAGCAUCCAGGAGGGCACGAAGCGGGCUCAAUUCGACAGCAGCACCAUCGCGAAAGGAUCGCCCAAAUGGCUUAACUACGUCAAAGGUGUGAUGUUUCAUUUCCGCCAGCCGGUACCGGGCUUCGAUGCGGUCAUCCACACGAACGUCCCCGUGGGCAGUGGGCUGUCCAGCUCGGCUGCCCUCGAGGUCGCCACCCUAACGUUUCUGGAGCAGCUGACGGGGAAACCUGUGCCAAGUAUGGCCGACGGUGCCAAGAUGUGCCAGCGGGCGGAGCAUACGUUCGCGAACGUGCCGUGUGGCAUAAUGGACCAGCUGAUUGCGCUCGGUGGUCGAGCCGAUCAUGCGCUGCUGAUCGAUUGUCGACUAGAGAAUGCAAACAUGCCAAGACACAAUUUGUCAACCCGGUCUUAUCUUUCUUCCGGGCUGCAAGGGAGUUACGUCUUAUUUUCUCUUCCCAACACAAAAGGUGUCGAGUUGUGGGGCGCACGAGACGUUCAUUCUCAACCCACUGCCAUUCUGACAGCGAAUGCCUUGCAGGGCAUGAAGCAGGGGUUGCAACCGGACAUAUACAGGGUGAAACCCAGGAAUACACCGGAAGACAUUCAUUACGCCUCAGUCACCCGCUCCCGCCGUCUGCGGAACGGAGCCUUAGAAAAUCGGAUCGGAAACGGAUCGAAUGCACCGGAAAGGCCUCCAAUUCCGGACCAGAUACACAGUUAAACACACACGCCGGUGAAAGAUGUGAAAGGAGGAUUGUACAAAGACCAUCCGUGUGCCUUGUUGUUAACACGGGAAGCGGAAAUAUGAAACAUGCCAUUGGUGGUCGCAAUGGGUGCAAUGCAUUUACUGAAGGUACGAGCGAUACUCACGAGGGCCUUGCACUGACGAGGGCUUACUAAUCAGCCGCUUGAUACGUUUGCCAACGCAAGGUGGUUGUGCGUUUUGUACGGUUGCAAUGUGUGGCUUUACAGAUGUGCAGCUGACAUUUGAACCGAUGGAAACAUUGCAACCGUUUUCCCCAUCAGCACAAUGCACACACACACACAUUACACGGCACAAGUAGCAACAAUUGCAGAGUUAAUGCGGAACGCCAGUACCAGUUGGCAGCAGUUUCAGACAUUCGAAUGCAGAAUGUUUGAGCUGUGUCCUAGACAGUAAAUUGUAAGAGAUGAACAGUAGGUGAGCUGCUCAUUAAGCAUACAGUACAAUCAUUAUAGUAGGUGUUCAAUAGCUCAAAUAAAACGAUGUUGUUGAGACGGCUUGUGGGCUUAGACUAAACUUUAUUUUACAAUUAUUCCUACAUUAUCCUAAUUCAUCCUAAUCCUAUCACUAACACUAGUAUAUACAUGAUUAGGCUACGGUCUAGGCGUGAGCAUCCCGACCACGAUAAAAUUCUAAUUUUAUCGCACCGAUUAAUUCAAUACAAUUCAAUCAUAACAUUCUAAUUAGCCUCUCUUAUUUCACUACCUUCUUCUAUGCCCUUAGCAUUAAAUGGGAAAAUACAAAUUUUAGCAACAGGUCGCUUUAACCUUUCUGCUUGUGCCGUUUUGAUAGUUACCACUCUUACUACCCCGUCUUCUGCUGGAUGUACUUCUGUAAUUCUUCCUAACGGCCAUUUGCCAGGAGGCACAUUAUCCUCCCUUAUAAGCACCACCAGUAGGUUUGUUCUUACUCUAAUGGGUGUACAAUGACAGUAAGGCGUUAUACGCCUGAUAUAGCAGGUUAUAAAAUUCAUUUUACCUUCCUGUAAAGAAUUGUUAUCAUACUUAGAACUAUAAAUCCUGGCAGGUGCGUUGGGUAUCGCUGGAACUCUCUAUCAAUUGAAACAAAAUCAAUUAUCACCAAUGAGAGAGCACACACUGAGUGGCAAAGAACCACAGGUUGUUGGUUGAAGUGAUUGUUUGCUUAGUAAAAGCAUUAGUAAAUUGUUUCCAGAAGAACCAGUUGCUCAUGUAAACGAUUGAUCGUAUCAAUCCAAUCCAUUGUCAUCUAUAUAAAGAGGCAUCUUUAACUAUCUUUUCCUCGGUAAAUUGAGUCUGGUGCAAAAUAUCCUUCAAAGCAGCACCACUCCUGAAGCGUUAAAUGACAAUUAAGUCAGCUAAGCUGCCACUAAGGUGUGUAAAUUAAGGCGCUUUUAAAGGGCAGCACAUCAAACCGACCACGACAACCAUUAUCAUCCGCAUGCUGGAUGUGCUUUAUUAAACGGUAGAGGUGCUUGUGUGUGUGUGUGUGUGUG